GGCAACACUGAUUCCUCGAUAGUCAUAUUGCUGUCCAACAUGUGCCACGAAGUGGUGGAGACCGUCUGCAACAUGGUCCUGGAUGAUGUGACACCUGUGGUGUAUACCAGGUCUAUCUGCAAGCCCAUCAACUUUUCUGUCUCAAUGGAUGGGAUUGAAGCUCCACAGAGGGAGCCAAACUAUGACGCAGUGACAGAGGAGGACAUCCAAGCCAGCCUUGGCCACUCGCUGCACCAAUGUCUUGGAGAAGCAUUCGGAGUCAUGGAAGAGAUGUCUGAGGACUCGGAGCAACUGCUGCAGCUGGUUGCACAAGAGGUGGCCAAAAAGGUCAAUCGGACGCUGGCUUUCAUCAGCCGGUCAACCUCUUCCAACCAAUCGGAGGAAACUUUUGAGUGUGAAACACCAGAGUCUCCGACCCAGGACAUGGUUAACCAUGUCUUCAAAAUACUGCAGAGGUGCCUUGAGAAGAAGUUCCUUGAGUUCCCUGACAGAGGAGCUCCAGGCGAAGUUUUAUCUCUGUCACCCACUCCAGAUAAGGACUACACUGAGGAGAGCAGCAUGAAGGCUGCAGAAGACUCUCUAUCUCUAUCAGAGCAGCAGAGUAUAGACCUCACCAUUGUGAGAUCACUGUCUCCCACCAGUGUGAAACAAGAGUUCUUGCUGGGUGAGACAACGUUUUUAGCCGUCUUCCUUGGCAAACUGCUGGACCACAUCGCCCACUCCACUAAGACAUCAGUGUUGGAGAUGGACUUUGAUGGGAUUUUAAAGAAUCUGAAAAAGAUUUUGGGAGAAACUAGUUUCCCUCCCCCACAGACUGUUGGAAACCUCCACCUAACCAUCUUCAAGAAGCUUUGUGUGGAGUUUGGCUCUGCCAAGCUGCUGCAGACUGCUAUUGUGUCUAAAGGUUUGGUGAUUGAGGAGGUGGUUGCCAUGGAGCUAAAAAGGCAGCUGCAGAAGGCUACAUGCCCCAGCUUUGCUACCAAAGUGAGGAGGUUUUUCAAAAGAAGUAGCAACAAGGUAAGUCCAGCCAGUAGAGUGGACACAUCAGUGUCCCACAGUGAAGUGAUACAGCUGGAGAAUGGACCGACACCUCUGCCUCAGAGGAAACAGAAGCCUGCCAUCAUCAGGAUGUUUUGUGCCAUGGCCAGGAUUCUCAGGAAGCCCUUUGCCUCCUGCUACAGCAGCAGGUCAUAGGAAGAGUUCCUCCAACAUUUAAUA